GUAGCGUUGUAUGCACAGUAAGUCGAGAUCUUCUAGAUGAAGCGCAUCGUCUUGUGUUGCAGAAUAUAAAUGAAAUUCAACCUUAUAUCGAGGAACAUUUUAAUUGGAUAAAGACCAAAUUUCCAUCCAAGUCAAGGAACUCAAAAUGGUUACAAGACGAACAUUAUCGAACUUUUAGUAGUUGGAUAGAACAAAAGGUUGUGUCAGAAUUACAAAACACAUCAAAUAAGGUUUCAGACAUUGUUAAGUGGAUUUCUCGAGGACCUUCAGUUAAUGUCAUCAAGUUUUCAUCAUACAUGAUUAACGGUACUCUAUUUAACACUAGGGAGCGCGAUAACAACAGAAACACACAAAACAGUGGUGUUAGCCUUGUUGCUAAAACUGUGCAAGUCUCUAGUGCAAAAGAUAAAAAUCCAGUUGAAUGUGAUAUGACUUUUUAUGGAGUAGUUAAUGAAAUUUGGGAGUUAGAUUAUAUCACAACUCGAGUACCUGUUUUCUUUUGUGAUUGGGUGAAAAGUGACAGCGGCAUAAUAUAUGAAGAUUUUGGUUUCACAUUAGUUAAUCUAAAUCGAAUUGGGCACAAAUCUGAUCGAUUUAUAUUAGCUUCACAAGCGAAACAAGUAUUUUAUGUGAAUGAUCCUUCAGACAACCAAUGGUCAAUUGUUCUUCCAACGCAAACAAGAGAAUGGAACAUUAAAGAUGGUGAUUUACAUGAUAUACCUCUCGGAGAAGAACUUGUCACAUUCACCGCAAUAGAAGAUAAUGACGAAGUUGAUGAUGAUUGUAUUUGUUUCCGUGAAAAUGGUGAAGGAUUGUGGGUUGAUGAUAAUGGGUCUUGAGAUGGAGGCUGAUCCUUUUGGUGGUAGUUCUGAUGAGGGAGAGCAACGCCCUAAUUCUCAGUCAGUGGAGCAAGAAAAUAAAUCUGUGAGAGGACGUACAUGGAUGUCUAGAAACACCAAAAAAAGGAGUGAAGGACAUCUUACUCCUGUUGAAUACAAUGAGUAUGGUCAACUAGUGGGUGGAUCUAGAAGUAAUGUUUCAUCACAGCUUGGAUCAGUUGUUCGAGCAACUGUGUCCAUCAACAUUAACAGUUGGAAAGAUGUUAGUGUGGUGG